AUGGAGAUCGAGAAGGCGAUAAAUGAGUGCAGCGACCAGAGGCUCCAGACCAAAUACAAGAACGCGACUUAUGUCAUCCGCAGAACGUUUGCUCUGUACUCGUACGUUACAUCACUCGUGUUCUUCCUUUUCCUCUAGCUUGCAUCUAGUUGACUUUGUUGUGGUCCAUGGGCCGCUGGGUUUUUUUCUCGGUUUUGGGUUGGGUUAAAGGGGGCACGGAUUGCUUGCAUUGGGAAGUUUUUUCCGCAUAAACUCGGAUUCUUUGUUCUCUUCCGUACGGAAAUUUUAUCUUUCUGUGAUGAAUGAUCGGGAUGCCACUUUGAUUCCUACCUAUGAUAUUUGAUGCCAAUUUAGGUGCCUUUUUGAUGCCUUCCUUUCUCAUUGCUCUGGCUCAAUUUGCCCUCAGAAGUUUGUGAUUCUUCCAUUGAAAUUCUGAAGAUUUCCUCCUCCUCCCCUUUUUGUUUCCCCAUUAUUCCCCCUAAAUGGAUGUGUCAUCACAUAUUUUAGAGUGCUGAUCACAACUGAGCACUAGGAAGAUAUGAAAAAUUCGAAUCUCUAAUUCCGCAGUUUUUUCUUGAUUUUUUUUCAUAUUUUUCAGAAUUGGUUGAAAAAUAUAUAGUUUUAUCCAUGAAAUCUCAUGAAAAAUGUUUGCUAAUAUCGGUGCCCAAAUAUCUGAUAAUAUCCUUCCUAGAUGCUUCCUUAAACGACAGUGUGAAGGAUCAUCUGCCGUUAUUUAUCAUUACACCUGCCAACCAGUGCUUCUCCUGGGAAACUCUCUCAUGUCUAGUGGAAAAAAAUUAUAUUGAAUGAUUUAAUUCUAAUUCAGCUCUCACAUGGGCCCAUUUCUCAAUGGAUGGCACUAUUCCUUACUUUAUCAGUCAGAAGAGGAUAUAUGAGAAUCCUAGUCAACAUGUGCUUUAGACUAUCUCUCUGUAUGGGAUGAUAGAUAUCUAUUGGUGGCUUUACAACAGAACCUAAUGGGUCACUCUCUUAAAGUCACUAUUUUAUCAUAGGUUGUUGUUUUUUUCACCAUACUCCAAGGGGCAUGAGGUUUGCCUCAGGACAUGUCUUAUGUAGAAUCCCCAACCCAUUUACAUUUGUUAAUCAAUCGCCCACAAUCUUGAAACAACGUGCGACUUCCUUGGUGUGUUAAAGGAAUGGAUCUUUAUUGAGAAAACAGUUUAUGAGGCCAUCCUCCAAUAUGGAGAUGAUGUGUGUUAGUAUUUGAUCUUCGCCCUACUUUGGAUCUGUUCCACGGAUUUAGUAAUGUGGGCGCCUGACAUGACGGUUUGAGCUUCAACCUACCGUUGUAAAAGAGAGCACCCAGGCGAACUGACUUCUAAUGUAAGGAAAAAAUUGAAACUGUUGGUUUUCUGUAUCUAAAUUGUCUGAACCAAUUGCUAUUACUUAUGUAUUAUCUCCGUGAACUCUAUAUUUUUGUGAUCAACGCAAAAAGCCCGCACGAAUUGGCCAUUUUCUCUUUGUACGAUAUGCUGCUGGUAAAUAGUUGGGUACUCCCCAAAAAAUCCAGCCGCAGUCUGGUAUAAUUCUUGCCUUUGGAUCGAAGGCAGUAAAGGAUCCUAUCAGGCUGAGUUAGGGACAGGCCCUGGACAUCUAGGUCUAGCGUCUGAAUCUUCAUGAUGAGAUUAUUAUAGUUGCAAAUUUUGAUGGAUAUGAUUUUUCUCUGAUCUUUUAAAGUUUCAAGGCAACUAUUAUUUUUGUAAUCAGUACAAAAAUUGAUUGUGGGCUCUCUGCGGUUAUAUUUUUUCAUGAAUGUGAUGCGUAUUUGAUCUGUUAAAAUUUUUGGAACUCAUUCUUCUCUAAAUCAGUGUGAAAAAAUUGAUGUAUAUUGGUCUCUAAAACUAUAAUCGCAUAUACUGAGUUAAUUGCCUACCAUAGGAUUCAUGUCUUUGUGUAUAAUCAGCUAUCGGCUAGCAUUUUCCAGACUGUUGAACACGGAAUGUUGAUUGCUGGAUUGUUAUUUUGGCAGGUUUGAGGAGAUUGCCUUCAGCUUCAAUGGAGGAAAAGAUUCUACUGUAAUUUCCUUUUGUUCUUUCCGGCAAUAUUUGUGUGAAAAGUCAUCAUGUAAUUUUGACACCUUAAAGUACUAUUUUGUAGGUUUUACUGCACCUUCUUCGUGCUGGCUUUUUUUUGCAUAACAAGGAUAGAGGUUUUAGCGGUUCAGAAACUGACAGCAAAAAAGAAUGUGCAAUUCGAACCAUAUAUUUUGAGACCCCCUGUGCUUUCCCUGAAAUUAAUUCCUUCACUUAUGAAUUAGCCAACACGUAAGUUGUACUUCUGGUUCAAAUUUGUACUGCUUCAAGAUGUGCAUAAAUCCAACAUUUUUUUCAUGUUGUGUUUGUUAUGAGCAGCUAUAGCUUGCAGUUGGAAAUUAUUCAUUCAGAUUUCAAGUCUGGUUUAGAGGAUCUUCUGAAAAAGAAAUCUACAAAAGCUAUUCUUCUUGGCACACGAAUUGGUGAUCCCAAUGCGGUAAAGAGUCAUUGUUUAGUGUCAUAAAGAUAUAUGAUUUCCUUUGAAAAUGAUGAUCUGCAGAACGAUAAAAGUGUAUAGUUGUAAUUUCUAGAAAUAUGUGCUUACUAUUUAUUAGUCUGUUGGGUUGUGCUGUUUUAUGUAGGUUGGUCAAGAGCAGUUUUCUCCAAGUUCCUUUGGCUGGCCACCUUUCAUGAGAGUGAAUCCCAUCCUAGAUUGGUCAUACAGGUUCCUUUCUAUUUGUGAUCUUUCUUGAUGGAUGCCAGUUUAUCCUUGAAUCAGAUUUGACAAUUUCUGCCAUCUGUUAUUCUCGUUAGUUGAUUGAAAUAAGAUACUUAACUUUAUUUUCUGAUAGGGAUGUGUGGGCUUUUCUUUUGACAUGCAAGGUCGAAUAUUGCAGUCUUUAUGAUAAAGGGUAUGUUUUUUACCCCCUUGCUUUACUUACUAGCUGCACACCACUCUUUUUAUCAUUUCCUGAUCCGUGUGACUGUCUCAACAUACUUUUCUCUCGUAGUUAUAUCAACUCAAGUGAUGUUCUUUCGUAUUGUUUUGUUUUGGUGUAAUAGUUGUUUCCAGUUUGAACCCAUUUUCCUCUGUUUUGCGAUGGCCAAAUCCUAACAUUUUCAACAGGAAAAGUUUCUUCUGAUGACUAUGUACAUCCUUUCCGUUUUUCAAGCAAGUUCUGUUCUUGGAGCAAUGAGUUUUAUAUUUUUUUUGACUAUGUACUUUCUAUAUUUUGUAAUGUCGAGCAUCUUCUCGCUCAGAAUUGGGAAUUUUUUAACGCUUAUUGACAAUUAGUUCUUUUCAUUGACUAGAUACACUUCCAUUGGGAGCAUACAUGACACAGUUCCAAACGCAUUGUUGUCGUUCACAGAUUCUGAUAACGGAGAACAUUUUAAACCUGCAUAUCUCCUCUCAGAUGGUAGACUAGAAAGGGCUGGGCGAGCAAGGAAGUAUCCUUCGAAAGAUGAUAAUGUUUUGACAGUAAGCAAUGGGAACAGUACGGAUGAAUGCUCGUCUAAAACUCUCUCUGCCUCCAUCAUUGCAGUAGGCGACGAGAUUCUGUAUGUCAUAUUUCACUAAGCCAUUUAUUUCUUGGGUACUGUUCUGCUAAUCUUAUUGCUCUUUUCAUUUAUUCUGGAUAUUUCGUGAUGCAUAUUGUUGUUACUGCAUGGUUUGUAUGAUGGAAAAUGAUGUUAAAAAUUCUGACACCUAUUACGAAAAUUUUAGAUCAAAGUUUAAUCAAUGAAAAUGUUUAUCAUUUGUAUAAACGACUAUCAGUAAAUGGCAGAAGCUACAAGUCUGUGAAUUAUAAAAUUGAGAAUAUGUUUUUGCGUUAAUUACACAUAUUUCAACUUGUUAAUUCAGCAUUGUUGUCUGCAGUUCCCGUAGUUCUGAGUGAAUGUCAGAAGGUCUUUUCACAGACUAAAUGAGUUCUCGUUAAGGUGUUGACAUUAGAACAUAAUUAGAUGCAAAAUAGUGGGAACCUUUUCUGUAUGCGAAAACUGAGGCAUGUUCACUUAUGCCUUGUGCAUGAUGUUUUUUAUUUAUACUUCCUUUUUGCUUUUGUUGGUCUCUAAUGUUACAUAUUUUUUCUGACAAUAUGGUUCUGGAGAUAGAUUACUGCUGUCAACGAUGAUAAUCCUUACCCAUUACAUCAGUAUUCAUCAUUGUGGUUUCGUUCCCUAAAUAAUCACAUUUAGAUAGACAUACAAUUUGAUCAUAUUAACAUCUACCUAGGGGGUAGUUAGGAAGAUAGGUUUGCUGAUAAAUGGUUGAUGAAAUUCAUUAGAACCUAAAGAGAGAUGGAUCAAAGCUAGUUGGAGAUGGUAGAUUUAUGUAUUGGUACAUUGGAAUGAGAGAAACUUUUCCAUUAGUUUAUAGAGGAUAGAGCCUUAUUAAGUGAAUAGUGAGUUCUUUUGUUGUCCUCAGUCUCAUUUGUCACCAUGUAAUCCCCCUCGAAGACUCCUGAUGUGCAUGUUGCAUACUCAGUGGUGCAUGCGGGUUGACUUGCAUCUGUGAUUUAUCCAAACUCCUUUAUUUUUAUUGGGGGAAUGAAGGUAAAGGGUUAAAUAGAUGGAGACGUAAAGAAAAUAGUGAAUAUUUUCUCCCAUUGCUGGGGCUAGGGAAAAAAAGAAAAAAAGAGUACAAUUUAUGAAACAAAUGAAGAUUUAUUUCUGUGUGGAAGCUUUGAGUUAGACAUUGGUUUCUUCAUUGUCCCAUGCGUAUAGCAUCUUCAGUGAUGAGGUGCUUCAUUGGCAUUAUUGUUAUUUCAGUCGUUAUUAUCCAAAAUAUAGUUUUUAAGAAAGGAAGAAAAUCGAAGGUGUGUUAGAAUCUUCCUCCCGUGAGUCUGAUUCUGGCUCUGUUAUAAAAUGGAAUCUGAUAGGAUCCUAGGGCAGUGGGCCCAAACAAAGGGGGAAUUGAGAAGGGGAAAAUCGGAACGGAAACCCUAGAACCAGUUCGAGGGUGAGGCCAAGAGAGCCCUCAGCUCUCCCAGGCGACUUCUAUCCAAAAGUGCCCCCCCACAGUUAUGACCCCUGAGGGUCCUUAUACCCAUCCACUUAAUGAGCCCUUGGGCCAUCUAUCCUUUGUCCCCUGUAUCUUACACUUCCCUUUCUGGGCAUAAGUCUCCCAGAUAGUGGGUCUGGUAUUAGGCCUAACAGAAUAAUUGCUGCGAAAAUUGCCACCUAAUUAAUGUCAACUUUGUGGAUUCAUGGAUCGCUUUGUAAAGGUGAAUUCAUAUUUUUAUGCUGAUCUAGUUCACUAUGGAUAGCUGGUGGAUCCUCUUUUUUAGAAUCAGAUUCUUUUUAUUGACUUAAGGAUAAUAAUUUAGUUACGUUAUAGCAAUUGUGCAUGACACAGUACUGUAUAUAUACUAGCAAAGAUAAAAAACUGAGUCCAAAUGCAUAGAAGUUUUACUUGAAAGGACUCUGGCUAACUUAUCUUCACAUCAUAUGACUCUACAGCUGAAUGUCCUCAAAAAUGACAAAAAUCAUGUAAUUCAAGGAUGAGUUGGGUGCUGUAAAACCUAUGGUGGAAUUUUCACCGGCCUAGAACAAUAUAACACGUAAGGGUGCAGUGCACUCACUGGCCAAAGAAAUUCGCAUGGAGAGCUCUCUUUUGGAAGGAUGGUCCUUGGUUGAAUAUUCACACGGGGCCAGAAGCGGUAGUUAUGUGGUUUUGUGCCCAAUCUUUAGUACCUUGAUAGUUUACGGACAAAUUUAGGUUUCUUCUUUGUGGAAAAGAAAAAUAAAGAGGGAUGGUAUAUUUCUUUAGUAACUAAAGCAUGAUGGAUACCCGCUGAAUAUUCCUUCAGCGGCUAGGAUUGAUCCCUUCUGUUCUCGACCAUUCUCUUACUACUCUUUUGUUGACAACAUUGAAGGAAGGAAAAAGAUAAAGAGUUGGGCAGUGAUUGGCAGUGAGAUUCCAAUGCCUGUUUCAGCUUUUGUGGCAUUUCUAUUUACUUGCGUUUGCCACUGGAGGUGAAGGAUUGCAGACCAUCCUGCUGGAGCUGAUGUUUUUGCUUAGCUGUGCGGGUCUUGGGAUAAAAAGCUGAUAUUUUUCGUUCUUUACUUUUUCUUCUUUUCCAGCGGGCACCAGGCAUACUUGUUAUAACUGGUUGAUUCCUGUUCCAAGUUGUGGUCGGACAUUACUGGCUCCUCUUCCCAAAGCGAUUAUUCAAAACUGGCUUCUAGUGGUACUUUCAUGGAUAAUAAUUUAUGAGGGAUAUUUUCUUAAUUUAGCUAACAUCGUCAAACCAAACGUAUAUUACCUUGAAUAAGCGUAUUUGAUGUGCCUGUUGUCCACUAUUGAAUGUGGUUUGUGUCACCUUAUUAUGGUUCAGAAAGUUGAGGCUAGUUAUUGUUAUAAUGAUUUUUUAUUUUUAUUUUCUUUAAGUGCAUGCAGUCUUAGUCGGUUGCUUAUUUUUGUACUUUCUUCCUGCUUGAGAUUUUGGUUGCCUUAGAUGAUUGUAAACAUCUCAGCUUAUAUUAGUGCAGUUUUAACCAUGUUUCUGAUUUAUGUUUCUGCUUAUAAACCAUGUUUCAGCUUUGGCUUAUUUGAAGAUCAGAUGGGAGUGUCACUUUGCAAAAAGCUUCAUGCUAUAGGUUGGCAAGUUACGCAUCAAUCAGUUGUUAGAAAUGAUGUACGUGUGUUUCUCUCGUGAAAAUAUAGAUUUAACUGCACUGCACUGCACUGCACUGCACUGCACCAGUUAUCAAUGGCACUUUCAUGUGCUGGCUAGUUCUGCCUAUGGUCAGUGUUCCCUAGAUGUGGACUGUUCGUAUAGAAAGUUAUCUACGAAUUGUCCCAGAAUUUGCCAAGUCUAUCUGCAGAGACCCACUUUAGGAUUUGUUGACAGUCCUAAACCUAUAUGAGAACAUAUUUUGUAAGCUUCCAGUAAAAUCAAUUUUCCCAUGUGUAAUUUAAGUAAACUACAAGUAAAGUCAUUUCCCACAGCAGAAAAUCUGUAUCUCAUUACGGUAUUGUUGACUUUAUUGUUCAAACGGGCUACACUGAUUGGAGUAUGAAAUCCUUUUAGGAUGGGCGAUUAAAUUGGUAUCAUCAUUUUAAUAAGUCUUCUAUCUUUCUGGCAACGUUGGAGUACUGGCUCAAAUUUUAUAGGAUAAAAUAGCGUUCCUGAGGAGGGUCAUUUUUAUUGACUUAAACUAUACAAGAGCUGAAUCUUUUUAUUUGGAUUGUUUCACCAAUGAUAAUUAUAACCUACCGAGGCAUGUUAACUUUGAUGAAGUUUGCAAAAUGAAAACUCAGUGAGUCAUUCAGCUCAGUGUUCAUUUGGUUGCAACACGGAUCCUGCGAAUCAGCUCAGCCUGAAUGCGACUCAUGCAGUACAUGAAACAUUGCAGCCCAGAUUACGUGCACACGGACAACCUUUCAAAUUUAAUGGUCACAACUAAAGCUUUUAAGGUGCAGUAAGGAAGAAAAAAAGGAUGCUGGGAAAGAAGAGGAAAAUUGAAAAUAUGAAAGAACUUUUAACUGGAAAAUGGAUAUGUGCGCUUGUGAUGAUGAAGAUUGUGACUCCCACUAGUUCUCCUGCAAUUGUCUCUAAUAAUGCUGCCAUACUCCUUAAUAUUUAUAUAUUAGGAUGAAUCUCGAUGUGCAAGCAUGCUUGGUGUAUGCACAUAUAGAUAGAUAAAUAUAUAUCUUGUCCUUACUUUUGUUGAUGUUUCUUGUUGUAAAAUCAAUGCAUAUUUUCUAGAUCAAAGGGAGAGAAAGGAAAGAGAGUUAUAAAGAUGUUUAUUCUUGAUUAUUUAGGAGGCGCAUUUCACAUUUUUCUGGAAGAUAUGUACAUUUGUAUUUGUAGUAAUCAGAUAAGAGACAUCCUCAUAAACUGCCAAAUAAAAGUACAUUCAAUGUUCGUAUUUUCUGAUUGUGAAUAAAAUGGAUCCCUAAAAAAAUAUUCUCGCAGGUAGUUUAAAACUCAUCUCUGAACUUUUAUCAGCAGGAUGAGAUGAUUUCUUAAAAAUCAUUGCAGGUUGAUUCUGUUGCUGAGGAGGUUGAGGAACGGAUGUCUACAAAUGACAUGGUAUUGUUUUGAAACUGGUCAGGAGUUUUCUAUAGUUAUCUUUCUAAUAUGUGAUUGUUCUUUAACUAUUUCAUCCUCAUAAAUGAACUAAUCUUGGACUGACCUUUGAAGGUUUUUAUAUUUGGAGGACUCGGCCCUAUGCAUUCUGAUGUCUCAGUAGCUGGUGUUGCAAAAGCAUUUGGGGUUCGCUUGGUAAUGCUAGUUUUUUCCUUGGUUAUGGAAAGUUUUGCUUUAUAGUAUUGCUGCUUUCUCUCUCUGUCUUUAAAAUGGUGAAAUGGUCCAUUCUUCGGAUCUCUAUUCGGUAAGGUAAAAAGGAUGCUCUUUGGGUUUCUUUAGUAUUGCUUCUUAUACUAUCGCUAAUUUUUCAAGUUAUAAAGAUCUGUUAAUGUUUCAGAUCUUCUGACAUUUUCAUUCUCUUGUAGAAAAAAAUAGCAGCUCUUCAGAAUUUAUUGAACUUUCGUGUUACAUCUUUCUGUAAUCAAAACUUAAUGUCUUCUACAUUCUCAAGAACUUGUCAGUUUUCGUCAUUCUCAGGCAGCAGAUGAAGAGUUCGAAGAGUACCUCAGGCAUCUAAUUGGUGACCAUUGCACUGGCGACAGGAAUGAGGUGAUUUGGGCAUUUGAUUGAUUUAUGAGGCACUAGAUUCUUCAAUCCAUCUUAUAAGCAAUAAAGAGUUUUGUAUUAAUCACUUAAAAACUUACUGCCCUUCUAACUUAUACACCUGCUUCUAAACUACCCAUUUUAGGAAAUUAUCUGAUUAUUAAUAUAAGUUUUGUUUGAUGGAUGAAGCCAUAUAAGAUGGGAUGUGUUCUCUCCAACACGAUUGGUUGCAGGAUGGAAAGCAGGAUGGAAAGCAGGUCAACGAAAUUAGGGAUGAAUUCAAUUUCUUGUGAUUGAUUAUGAAGCUCAAUCAGUUACAAAGGACUCCACUAUCAAUGCAUCUAGAUGCAGAUAAGCUUAGGGGACCUCGUGGAGGCAUAUCAUGAGUCUUGGGAUGCAGAAAUUUCUAAAAUGGUUCAGCAAUAUGUCUCAUCUAAACACGGGGUUUAAAUGGAUUGACACUAUGAAGAACCGAUCUAAAGUGGGUCAGACCAAGUUAUGGUGAAUGAACAUGUGUUGAGGGUGAUAGCCAUCUGUUGUCGUUUUAAUAUGCUUUUUGACGUAUAUUUAUUUAAAUGGUGCUUUUCUCAAAUAUAUAUAAAUCUAUAAGGUUUUAAAGGGGCGAUAUUAACCUUUGGAGGCACUUUUAUUUAAAUGGUACCUUGACUGGAUAUAUAAGCCAUAUUGUUUCUAAAUUCGUUGACCACCGAGCGCCAACAUCCUUGACAGGCUUCUAUGAUAGAUCUACGAGAUCAUGUGAAGAAGACUGGAUAUUUAAUAUCAUGCUAUGAUUUUCAGCAUUAUUCUAAAAAGUUUUAAGAAGACAUUCUUGCUCAUGCAUAUGGAUUUUAAUUUUGCAACAUUAUGCUAGUAAGCUCUGGAAGCUCACUAGAUGGGGUUAGUUCCAGUAGCUGUUGCAGAAAGAGGUUUUGUAGAAAAAUAUCCCUAAUAGAUUAUCCUAUAGGACUGUUCGGGGUUGCUUCAAGUGGAUGGGAAUUUGCUGCCAAGGACUUGGACUGUCCUAUGGGGUAGAGCCCAGGCCUCUAGUUGAUGAGCUUUCUAUAUGAUGAAAUUUCUACCAAAUGGGACAAAUUUGAGCUUAUCACAUCAAGAUUCAGCUUAAUUUUUUUAAAUUGGCUAUCUUAUAACUCAUUUGAACUUUCUAUUUCAUAAUGCAUGAUGUGGAGACCUUAAGUCUUUCCUUCAUCUUCUUCUUCUAGAUGGCUCUACUGCCUGAAGGUAUCACCGAACUGCUGCACAAUGACGUACUUCCAGUGCCAUUGGUACAUAUUUUAGUGUUCUUUAUAUUUUCCUCCAUAAUCUUCUUUCAUUUUGGAUGUUUGUUUCCCUUUUGUACCUUUUCUGAUUUUUCGUUUUCUAUUAUUUGUGGGUUUUCCUACUGAAAAUGAAAGCAUUUUCUCAAGCUAUCAGAUUUUCUGCAUAUAUGCUUCUUAGGCCUCUGGUCCACUUGAAUAUGACUCUAAAUGGGCUGCAUCACAAGACUUGGGUAUACACUUCCUAUUUGAUGUAGGACGAAAAAUCCAAUCAAAGGAUGGAAAAAAGGUUUUUGACCCAGGUGGCCUAAAACUAGCAGGGUAUGCAUUCAAGAUGCUUAAGAGGUGGGCUAAAUGAUUAAAAGACUUUAUCAGCCAAAAUUACCUUCGACCAAUAUUUAUGUCCCAAAUGCAUCAGAGAUUAUUUUCGCACUCAAGUGGAGUAUAAGUGUAACUACUACCCAAUCCAGGUGAGCUGGAAGCCCAUAAAGUAUGGAGACACUAGUUUUUUUGCCUUCUCUGGUCCCAUUUUUAAUGGCAUUGGAAAACAUCGCAAUUUAUUUCUCAUAGGAGCUUCUGUUUCAGCAUGCGAUGGAGGGUGAUAAAUUGUUACUUCAUUCUCAAGAUCUAGGUUAGAUUCUCGGGCCUGCGCAUAUGAAGGAACAUCCAUCUUCUCUCUUGAGAACAACUUCCCUUUACCAAAUCUGGAAUUUUCAAUGGCAGAGUUGGAAUUUUCUUGAGGGUUUCAAAUUCAGGAUUUGGCAUGGAUUCAUGUACAGGUUUAGAUAAAAGAACAAUGGAAGACACAGGAAGUGAAGUAAGAAAGUUACAUCCUUAUCUUCACUGAUUGAACUCUUCCCUGAAAGAUAAGGUGUGGUGAAGUAAGACUCGUGUUCAUUGAAAGUGACAUCUAUUGUGACAAAAAAUUUCUUUGACGGAGUUGAUAACACUUGAGCAAGGUAUGCAGACAAUCUAGGGACAUGAAAACGUUUUUUUAAGUCAGUGAAUGGUUUAUUUUCUACAAUUUGUGGGCAAUGUAGCUUCACCUGCUACAAUUUUCAAAGAACCAUCAACUGUGUCUAUUUUCCUACUCUUUGGACAAGGAGAGUAUGUUGAAAGGCAUUUGACCAUUGUUCCUUCGCUAUUUCCCUACUGCUUGGACAAUUGUUUGGACAAGGAGAGUAUGUGGAAAAGACAUUUGACCAUUGCUCCUUGGCUGCUCUCUUUUCUGUCCCUUUUCUUGACUUGGAAGUUUUCCAUAGAGCUUCCAACAUUGUUCACGAGGAUGAUGUGGCUUCUUACAGUAAGCGCACCGUAGCUAUUCUUACGUUCAGUCUUAGCAACUUAUGCUCUCUUUACUUUAGUGGCUGAAUUAUUGCUACCUCUUGUCACCAUAGCCAUACCUUCUGAUUCGAGCAUCAAGCCUCUUCUGUUUUCCUCUCCUUCAAUCAGUGUCACUACCUCAUUAAAGCGUGGGACCUCCUCCUGCUUGCUGGUAUUCUGAAUUUUCACUUGAUCAAAUUCUAGAUUAAACCCAAUGAGAAAAUCGUAAACUGUCUUCCUCAAUGAAAUCCUUCAGACUAGCUGCAUCCUCAGGACAUUUUGUAUUAAUCACCCUAUAAUUGUCAAGUUCAUGCCACAAAACUUUCGACUGAUUAGCGUAUUCCUCAACUGUUUUACCUUCCCUGUUUUGCAGCAAUUGUCGUCACCUUAAUUUCAUAUACUUGGGCCACGCCUCUAUCUUUGGAAUAAGUCUGUUGGAUUGCAUGUUAGAUAUCUUUGGCUGUAGCCAAGGAUAUACUGUGUUGGUAAUCUCAUGUGUCGUAGAAUUCCCCCACUAGGCAGUAAUCUGAAAUAUUCCUCGUCCCAUGCCGCGAACUGAGGAUCACCUGGUUUCAGCUCUGCACCUUUGAGAUGGCUGAUCUUCACUUUCCCUUUCAGCACAGAGUGUACAGCCUGAAUUUUCUUCAACUCCUGAUUGUUGAAACCGUACAAAUUGAUCCGAUUGUGUUGCAGUGAUCUUCUCAACUGCCUCUGACAUUUGUAAGGCCUGGGACAGUACAGAACGUCUGAAAUCUGCAGGAAAACUGAAAGCUAUGGCAGGGAAAGAACUGUUGGUGUUUAAGGCUGAGAGAAUGGACAAUGAAGGUUGAUAAUCAGGAGGGAUUGUCGGCAAUUAAGGCUGACCUUGAAAACCAUGGAAAAAGUUCCUAAAUUUUCAAGUCUAAGGAUUUGAUACCAUGAUGCAACCAUACAAGGAUAAACAUUCGGGAAAGAACUCUUCUGAUUUUCAGAUCAUAGAACAAUUGCUAGCUAUAUACAAUUACCUUGGCCAGAAAAAAGGGUAACUUCCAAGGUUAAGGAAGCCGACCAACUAAGAAACUGACAAACUGGGAAACUGACUAACUAGGAAACUAGCCAGCUAGGAAGCUGAUCAACAGAAACUAACUCCUAAUUACGCCUUUUCCGCACAGUUACCUUUCCCAAUAGCUCUGGCUAAUGGCUUCUGACUGAGAGGGUUUUGAGAAUUAGAUUAGCCAGGCUUGUCCCAUUUGGGAAAUUUUACCGGAUUGGAACUAAUGUAUGAAGGACGAACUCUUUUAAAAAGUUAUGGGGAAUGGUUGUCUGGUGGACUAGACCUCUUGAUGUCUUUCUGGUAUACCCAGUCAUACAAAUAAGCGAUUGCAAUUUUUUGAGUGCCUGGAAUUUCUCGUGGUAAUGAAGGUUAUCAGUGAAAAGUUAUUUUAAUGAAGGAAUGAAUCAUUUAUUAAUUCUUGGAAUCAUGUGAUCUGUGUUCCUUGUCAUCAUACGGUGGAUCUGGCAAUCUUUGGUCCCAUUGCAUCUCUAUUCCGGACACCUUUCCUCACUGACAGAGCAUUUUCUUUAUACAAGUUUCCAGUCUAUUGGGUUAAUUCCCUCUCGCAAGAAUCUUGGCAUCCCAAUGUAUCAUGAUGAAUACCUGUUUGAGGAUUAGAACUCUGAAGAAGAAAUCACGGUGAACAUCUGAACAAAGGAUGUAAAUACUCAUGGGGUUAGAAUGAAUGGAAGUUUUACGGGGGCGCUCUCUGAUAAAAUAUGGGUAAAAAAUGAGAUAUUUCUGCGAUUGACUUGAUUAUUAUAUGAUAGAUUUUAAUUUUUUUUUUGACUAGGAAAAGCAUCUUUUGAUGUAGAAUUGAUGUUUGAGGAAUUCCCGUUCCUACUGUCUAGAACUAAAUCAUUGAUGUUCCUUAGAAGCAGCAAUGACUGUCUAAAUUGUGCAGUGCCUUUCUUUUUUGCUCAGAUCAAAUGCCGCAAUGUGAUAGUUCUUACUUCUACGAAUGUCACCGAGCUGGACAAGGAAUGGGACUGUCUGCUGACCCUGCCGAACACCCCCUUGGUGCAGAUGGCGCCCUUUUCGUCAAAGCAUCUGAGUACAAUGCUUUCUGAUGUGCGCUUCUGGCUUCCUUAGCAUUGUCUUGGCCAUUUCGUGAUGAAUUGAAGUUAUCCUAUUACUUUUUUUCAGGAUGCUGGCGAUGAUAUAAGAUUAAUAAUCCAGUUUAUGCGGAUCUAAGUUUGUGGCCUUUUCGUUUGCAGUGCUGAUUUUUUUUCACGAGAGCGUUUUGCUUUUUUGCUUGAGAGCAUGAAACCUGAAGCUAGGGUACAUCAUUAAGACCAUAAAUCUUAGAUAAACGCUGGAAAACCACCAUGUCAUUGAGAAUCUAAAAUUCUAUGACUUAGUUGGGAGCUCAUGCUAGGGGAUAGAUAACUGAAUAAUUUAGCUAUGAAGGUGGAUGCAAGUUCUUCCUAGGACUUGUUCUUGCUUAGCAGCAGCUUGUGGCAACAGAAUUUAGCACAAUUCAUGUUACUUGAUGGCUAGAAAAACUAUCAUACUGGUAUUAACUAGAGUUAGUCUAUGCCAUAUUUGGGCAAAUAUUAUUUACCCUAGUUGUUGAUUGUAGCACUUGGGAUAAUAUUAUCGGCCCCAUGUUAUGCAGGUAGAAGCUGCUCAAACUGUAGCACAAUUAUGCCUCGACUUCCCUGACAUUUACAUAGGUAAGGCUGGCUAUUUUAUAUCAAUCAUAUUUAAAUCUGCAUUUUUGGUUUACAAGGCUUCAAAUGAUUUUCCAUGGAGUCUCUUGAUUCAUGUUUCCUGAUUACUCAGGCAGUCAUCGCAGAUCCAGAGCUGGACCCCUCAUCAUCAGUUUUGUCGGAAAGGUACAAAAUUACUUCAACCUCUUCACGCACCUACAAAAUGAAAAAUUAUUUCCUACAUUUUUCUCGCUGCUCUUUUCAAUUACUGUGAUAGAUACUUAUUUGGGAUUCUAUAGCACGGGUUUUUCAUGCAAUGGGUAGAACUGUGGAGCCAACUAUUGUUACACUAAAAAAAUAAAUUGCUCCCGUUUAUGGGUGGAGAUAUAUACUGAUUUGUGAUUCUUAUCGCAUGGGUUUCUUACUUAGUGGGUAGAACUGUUAAGCCUAAUAUUAUUAUCCUAAAACAACUAGUAGAUUAUAUCUUUUAUUAAUCGGCAUCUUCUUAUGAAGAAUGUUGAAACACUGGAGGAUUUUUUUCCAGGACCAAGAGAGGAUAGACUUGGCUGCCGCGGCUCUCUCUGGAAAAUUCCCUUUGGGGGCAUUCAACGAGUACCGGUGA